AUAGCUACAGCCAUUGCUCCUCGGAUCGUGCAGACUGCUCGCUGGAACUCGACACAAUCACCAGCUUCAGGAACUGCAGACGCAGCGGCAAAGGCGGCAAAGGCAGCCAGGAAAGCGGCCCUCGACGCCCGCGAUGAAUUGCAGAAGGACUGGACUGCAUCCGUCGUGACUUAUGAAGAAGUCAAAGCGAUGAGCGAGUCUCCUCGAAUUGACGCGUAUCUCAUUGACGUACGGGAACCGGACGAAGUCCGUCAAGGAUCCAUACCCUCUGCCGUCAACCUACCACUUUCUAGCCUUGCUAGUGCACUGGCGCUCGACAAGGCAACCUUCAAGGAGCGCUUUGGAUUCAACAAGCCUGGCACCAAACAGGAGGUCACCUUCUAUUGUAGGAGCGGGAAACGGAGCGCUAGUGCGGCAGAUGUCGCCAAGCGUAAUGGUUAUACUAACUUGAGAAACUAUUCCGGUUCAUGGCUUGACUGGGUUUCGAAGGAGGGCUCGAAAGGCACUUCAUCAUGA